UGUGUGACUAGUGACUGUAGCCAGAAAAGCUCCCAACCCACCCCAAGGGCUACUACUUUCCUUACCUCUAUUUAAAUCACCACACUCCUUCAAACGCUCCUCACUCAGCUCCUCACAUCCGUUGUCUAGCAUUUGCUUUCCCAGGGCCUAAGCUCAACAAGUGAAAAUGGCUUUUCUUGGAGUUUUCUUGGUUGGUUUUCUUGCAAUGGCGUCGCAUGUUCAGGCCAACGGUGGGGGAUGGAUUAACGCUCAUGCGACCUUCUACGGCGGUGGUGAUGCCUCUGGAACAAUGGGUGGUGCUUGUGGGUAUGGGAAUCUGUACAGCCAGGGUUACGGUACAAACACUGCAGCACUAAGUACAGCCCUGUUCAACAGUGGGCUGAGCUGCGGUUCUUGCUACGAGAUUAAGUGUGUGAAUGACGGGCAAUGGUGUUUGCCGGGCUCAAUUGUGGUGACCGCCACCAAUUUCUGCCCCCCAAACAAUGCCUUACCCAACAAUGCUGCGGGUGGCGGGUGGUGCAAUCCUCCCCUGCACCACUUUGAUCUCUCUCAGCCUGUUUUCCAGCACAUCGCUCAGUACAAAGCUGGAAUUGUCCCUGUUGCUUACAGAAGGGUACCCUGCAACAGAAAGGGAGGCAUAAGGUUCACCAUUAAUGGACACUCCUACUUCAACCUAGUACUCAUCACCAACGUUGGUGGAGCCGGGGAUGUUCAUGCUGUUUCCAUCAAGGGGUCCAGGACCGGGUGGCAGCCCAUGUCAAGAAACUGGGGACAGAACUGGCAGAGCAACUCCUAUCUCAACGGCCAAAGCCUGUCGUUUAAGGUCACGACAAGCGACGGCCGCACCGUCGUCUCCUACAACGUCGCCCCGGCUAGCUGGUCGUUUGGGCAAACCUUCUCCGGAGCCCAAUUUCGUUAAAUGAAUGAUUUUGAGGUUGUCCCAUAUCAAAGUUUUUAGCAGGAGGGAGAUUUAUUAAAUUACUAGAAGUUAGGUAUUUGGAUAUUGUUAUGAAAACAUAUAUAUGGUCACGAAUAUUAGUAGUGUGACUUUAUUACAAUGGGAAGUUGAUGUUGAAGGGGACUAAUUUUAAAUGGUCCUCGUCUUUGAGGAGGAGGGGCACUCAAUUUAUGAGGGGCUUUCUCCUUGCUCUUGAGGUUCUUUCCUUUACUUUUUCUUUUUUGGGAGUUUUAAGGUGGCCGAGGUGGAAUUAUCACCACCCGCUUACUAUUAAGGUAGUCCUAGUGGAGUUACAUGUGGGACUUUUAUGAAUCUCUUUUGUCUUUAAUUUCUGGGUUCAGCAUCAUGUGAGCUGAAGGAGUUAUCCCCUAGUUAGGAUUGUGUUUGUACGAAGCAAGAUGUAAAUUUUCGAUUUGAGUAGUAAUGAAAUGGCUUCUUUCUUCUUCC